ACAGCUAAUUUCCCUCGACGGCAGGUCUGCUUGUUUGAUCAGACCCAGGGAGACAGCAGUAAGCUCACAGUUGGGCGGAGCCUGUGGCGAGCGAGCGCUCUAGUUGGUUGCCGUGUUGCGUUACACUGCGUCAUGCGGGCAGGAUGGAUGUGAAAGAACGCAGGCCCUACUGCUCACUGACCAAGAGCAGGAGAGAAAAAGAGCGUCGCUACAUGGGCUCAUCCGGCGACAGCGAGGACUGCCGCGUGCCCACCCAGAAGUCCUACAGCUCCAGCGAGACACUCAAGGCCUUCGACCACGACUCCUCACGCUUACUGUACGGAGGCCACGUCAAAGAGAUGGUCCACCGAGAGGCAGAUGAGUACAGCCGCCAAGGUCAAAACUUUAACCUGAGGCAGCUGGGAAUAUGUGAACCAGCCACACGCCGUGGCCUGGCCUUCUGCGCAGAGAUGGGCCUCCCCCACCGCGGCUACUCUGUUGGCGCAGGCUCAGACAUGGACACUGAGAACGAAGGGGUGAUGUCACCGGAGCGUGCCAUGCGCCUCUGGGGCAGGGGUGUCAAGUCUGGCCGCAACUCCUGCUUGUCCAGCCGCUCGAAUUCAGCGCUGACCCUGACUGAUACAGAACAUGAGAACAAAUCGGACAGUGAGAACGGUUCUCCCAUGCCAUCCUCUCUCUCCAGUCCAUCAGUCACUGAGCAUUCCCAUUCUCAACCACCCUCACCCAAUCUCCAUGACAACCAGAGUUCCAUCUUAAGUAAUGCCACCACACAGGCGGUGAAGGACUCUGAUUCCGAGGAAGAGUACACGGCCACUCUCUAUAGACCCAUAACACAGCCUGGCCCCAGCCACAGUUGUAAUGAGCAACCAUCCAAUCAGCACCAGCAGGGCCAGUCCACGCUGCCACCGGCACCACCCCCGCACAAGCAGCAGCCGUCGGUGACGGCACUGAACCACAACACUCUGAGCAGCCGCAGGAACGUGAGCCCGGCCCCUCCGGCCGCCCUCCCCGCCGAACUGCAAACCACACCCGAGUCAGUGCCGCUGCAGGACAGCUGGGUCCUGGGCAGCAAUGUGCCGCUGGAGAGUAGGCACUUUCUCUUUAAGACAGGCACCGGUACCACUCCUCUGUUCAGCACGGCCACGCCAGGAUACACCAUGGCCACGGGGGCGGUCUACUCGCCCCCCACGCGGCCCCUGCCCCGCAACACACUCUCCCGCAGCGCCUUCAAGUUCAAGAAGUCCUCCAAGUACUGCUCAUGGAGGUGCACGGCUCUCAGUGCCAUGGCCGUUUCCAUAUUGCUCUCUAUACUGCUGUGCUACUGCAUCGCAAUGCAUCUCUUUGGAUUAAAUUGGCAGCUGCAGGAGACUGAGGGCUAUGCUUUUGAGAAUGGACAGGUCAAAUCUGAUGCCACGGCAUCCAACGCAGUUACUGCCCUGUCUACUGAGAAUAGAGUUUACUUUCAAGAGAAUAACACCAUAGACACAGGUGAGGUGGAUGUGGGACGAAGGGCAGUACAGGAAGUCCCUCCAGGAAGUUUCUGGCGCUCUCAACUCUUCAUUGACCAGCCGCAGUCCCUCAAGUUCAACAUAUCCGUCCAGAGAGACGCCCUAGUGGGGGUCUAUGGUCGAAAAGGCCUGCCUCCCACGCACACUCAGUAUGACUUUGUGGAGCUGCUGGACGGCAGUCGUCUGAUAUCUAAAGAGAAGCGGGGACUGGUGGAGGUGGAGGGAGCAGCCAGGAAGGCUCGUUCAGUCAAUGUUCAUGAGGCCGAGUUCAUCCGGUUCCUGGACUCAGGCACCUGGCACCUUGCCUUCUACAAUGAUGGCAAGAACACUGAGCAGGUCUCCUACAAUACCAUUAUCAUAGAUACCCUCACAGAGUGUCCACACAAUUGCCAUGGUAACGGAGACUGUCGCUCAGGAACAUGCCAUUGUUUCCCAGGGUUCCUUGGGCCCGAUUGCUCACGAGCUGCCUGUCCAGUAUUGUGCAGUGGCAAUGGACAGUACUCCAGGGGCCGAUGUCUUUGCUACAGUGGCUGGAAGGGGACAGAGUGUGAUGUUCCUGGUAACCAGUGCAUCGAUAUUCACUGCGGCGGUCACGGGAUCUGCAUCAUGGGCAUCUGCGCCUGCAAUACAGGCUAUAAAGGAGACAAUUGUGAAGAAGUGGACUGCCUGGACCCCUCCUGUUCAUCUCAUGGUGUUUGUAUUCAUGGAGAAUGCCACUGCAAUCCAGGUUGGGGUGGUACCAGCUGUGAGAUACUGAAGACUAUGUGCCCAGACCAAUGCUCGGGACAUGGAACCUACCAGACGGAGAGCGGUACUUGCACCUGCGAUGCCAACUGGACUGGGCCCGACUGCUCCACUGAGGUGUGUGCAGUGGACUGUGGCUCUCAUGGUGUGUGCAUGGGAGGAAGCUGUCACUGUGAGGAGGGCUGGACGGGUACAGUCUGUGAUUUGAAAGCCUGUCACCCGCGCUGUACUGAACACGGCACCUGCAAGGACGGCAAAUGUGAAUGCCACCAAGGCUGGACCGGAGAGCACUGCACCGUCGCUCACCCGGAGACAUAUGUCCAAGAGGGAUGCCCAGGUCUGUGCAACAAUAAUGGCCGCUGUACACUGGACCAGAAUGGCUGGCAUUGUGUCUGCCAACCAGGCUGGAGAGGGGCCGGCUGUGACGUUGCCAUGGAGACGCUCUGUGCAGAUGGAAAGGACAAUGAAGGAGAUGGCCUGGUGGACUGUAUGGAUCCUGACUGUUGCCUGCAGAGCUCGUGCAAGACUCAACCCUUCUGCCGUGGCUCUCCUGACCCCAUCGACAUAAUCAGCCAGAACCAACCAGUCAGCCCACAGCAAGCCGCCCAGUCCUUCUAUCAGCGAAUCAGUUUCCUCAUCGGACCAGAGAGCACGCAUGUCAUUAACGGAGACAACCCCUUCAACAGAAGCCUGGUCUCCAUUAUCAGAGGGCAGGUGCUUACUGCAGAUGGGACGCCCCUGAUUGGAGUCAAUGUGUCCUUUGUGCACUACCCAGACCAUGGAUACACCAUCACACGGCAAGAUGGCAUGUUUGACAUUCUGACCAAUGGCGGAGCUUCACUGACACUGAGCUUCGAGCGGGCUCCAUUCCUGACGCAGUUCCGUACAGUAUGGAUCCCAUGGAACAUCUUCUAUGUGAUGGACACCCUGGUCAUGAAGAAAGAGGAGAAUGACAUCCCCAGCUGUGAUCUCAGUGGCUUUAUCCGGCCUAGCCCCCUCAUCGUGGCCACGCCCCUUUCCACAUUCUUCCGAUCCUCACCUGAGAACGGCCCCAUCAUUCCAGAAACACAGGUUCUUCAGGAGGAGACGCCGAUUCCGGGCAGUGACCUGAACCUGAUGUAUCUGAGUUCGCGGGCGGCUGGCUACCGUCCAGUGCUGAAGGUGACCAUGACCCAAGCCACCAUCCCCUUUAACCUCAUGAAGGUGCACCUGAUGGUGGCUGUGGUGGGGCGCCUCUUCCAGAAGUGGUUCCCGGCAGAGCCCAACCUGUCCUACACCUUUAUCUGGGACAAAACAGAUGCAUACAACCAAAGAGUCUAUGGCCUGUCAGAGGCAGUGGUGUCAGUUGGAUUUGAGUACGAGUCUUGUUUAGAUCUGAUCCUGUGGGAGAAGAGAACAGCCAUUUUGCAAGGUUAUGAACUUGAUGCCUCAAACAUGGGCGGGUGGACCCUGGACAAACAUCACGUUUUGGAUGUUCAGAAUGGCAUCCUGUACAAAGGCAACGGUGAGAAUGUCUUCAUCUCCCAGCAGCCUCCAGUCAUCAGCACCAUCAUGGGUAAUGGCCGCAGACGCAGUAUCUCCUGCCCCAGCUGUAACGGCCAGGCCGAUGGCAACAAACUUCUGGCUCCAGUGGCCCUCGCCUGUGGAUCUGAUGGCAGCCUGUUUGUCGGAGACUUCAACUACAUCAGACGUAUCUUUCCCUCAGGGAACGUUACCAGUGUUAUGGAGCUGAGAAAUAAAGAUUUCAGACACAGCAACAAUCCUGCACAUAGAUACUACCUAGCAACAGACCCGAUGACCGGUCAGCUGUAUAUUUCGGACACCAACUCACGGCGGAUCUUCAGACCUAAAGCCCUGAUGGGAACCAAAGAGCUGCUGCAGAAUGGAGAGGUUGUGGCAGGAACAGGAGAGCAGUGUCUGCCAUUUGAUGAGGCUCGAUGUGGAGAUGGUGGCAAAGCCACUGAAGCCCUCCUGCUGGGACCCAAAGGCAUUGCAGUGGAUAAGAAUGGGUUCAUCUACUUUGUGGAUGGUACAAUGAUCAGGAAGGUAGACAGGAAUGGCAUUAUCUCAACACUGCUGGGCUCUAAUGACCUCACAUCUGCUCGGCCUCUGACCUGUGAUACCAGCAUGCACAUUGGACAGGUGCGUUUAGAGUGGCCUACAGACCUGGCCAUCAACCCUAUGGACAACUCCAUCUAUGUGCUUGACAACAAUGUGGUGCUACAGAUCACUGAGAAUAGGCAGGUGCGCAUCGUGGCAGGUAGACCCAUGCAUUGCCAGGUCCCAGGCAUCGAGUACACCAUGGGAAAGCGUGCCAUCCAGACCACUCUAGAAGGUGCGACAGCCAUUGCACUCUCCUACAGUGGUGUUCUCUUUAUAGCUGAGACGGAUGAAAAAAAGAUUAACCGUAUUAGACAAGUUAGCACCGAUGGCGAGAUUUCUCACCUGGUAGGAGCACCCUCUGACUGCGAUUGCAAAAACGAUGCUAACUGUGACUGUUACCAGACGGGCGAUGGGUAUGCCAAAGACGCACGACUAAAUGCACCUUCUUCGCUGGUGGUAUCUCCUGAUGGAACACUUUAUGCUGCCGACUUAGGAAACAUUCGGAUCCGUGCCAUACGUCGCAAUCGACCUCCACAAGGCUUUUCGGGUCUUUAUGAAGUUGCGUCACCUGCCUCACAAGAACUCUACGUGUUUGAUGCCAAUGGAACGCAUCAGUAUACCAUGAGCUUGGUCACUGCUGACUAUAAGUACAACUUUAGCUAUAGUAAUGAGGAUGAUGUUACAGCUGUAACAGAUAGCAAUGGAAAUACACUUCGGGUCCGCCGUGACCCCAACCGGAUGCCAGUCCGCAUCGUUGCCCCCGACAACCAGGUCAUUUGGCUGACAAUUGGCACGAAUGGAGGGCUUAAGACCCUCACUGCACAGGGGCAGGAGCUGGUACUCUUCACCUACCAUGGCAAUAGCGGUCUGUUAGCCACCAAGAGCAUCCAAAUUGGCUGGACAACAUUUUAUGACUAUGACAGCGAGGGACGUCUGACAAACGUGACCUUCCCCACGGGUGUUAUUACCAGUCUGAUUGGAGAGAUGGACAGAGCUCUAACAGUUGACAUUGAGACCUCAGGACGAGACGAUGAUGUCAGCAUCACCACCAAUCUCUCCUCCAUUGACUCCUUUUACACAUUAGUUCAAGAUCAACUAAGAAACAGCUACCAGGUGGGCUAUGAUAACUCCAUGAGGGUCAUCUACGCCAAUGGAAUGGACUCACACUUCCAGACCGAGCCUCAUAUUCUUGCGGGUGCAUCCAACCCGAUCGUGGCUAGGAGAAACAUGACCUUGCCUGGAGAGAAUGGACAGAACCUGGUGGAGUGGCGCUUUAGAAAAGAGCAGAACAGGGGGAAAGUCGAAGUGUUUGGCAGGAAACUCAGGGUCAACGGUAGAAACCUGCUCUCUGUGGACUAUGACCGAACUCUGCGGACAGAGAAAAUAUAUGAUGACCAUCGAAAGUUCCUCCUGAAGAUUGUGUAUGAUGCCUCCGGUCAUCCUACAUUGUGGGUGCCCAGUAGUAAAUUGAUGUCUGUCAACCUCACCUACUCCAGCACUGGCCAGGUCACAAGCAUCCAAAGAGGCCCCACAACUGAGAGGGUAGAAUAUGACAGCCAGGGACGAAUAGUUUCCAGAACCUUUGCAGAUGGCAAAACAUGGAGUUACACUUAUCUGGACAAGUCCAUGGUGCUCCUUUUACACAGCCAGCGGCAGUACAUCUUUGAUUAUGAUCUCCAAGAUCGACUCUCCGCCAUUACUAUGCCAAGUGUGGCCCGCCACACCAUGCAAACCAUCCGCUCCGUAGGUUACUAUCGCAAUAUCUACAAUCCACCUGAAAGUAAUGCCUCCGUAACGGUAGACUACAGUGAGGAUGGCCAGCUCCUGCGGGUGGCGCACUUGGGCACUGGCCGGCGUGUCCUCUACAAGUACCGUAGACAGAACAAGCUGUCCGAGAUCCUCUACGACAGCACACGGGUUAGCUUCACCUAUGAUGAGACAGCAGGUGUGCUCAAAACCGUCAACCUACAGAGUGAGGGCUUCAUUUGUUCGAUCAGAUAUCGGCAGAUAGGCCCACUGGUGGACCGACAGAUAUUCCGUUUUAGUGAGGAUGGCAUGGUCAAUGCGCGCUUUGACUACACCUAUGACAACAGUUUCCGAGUUACCAGCAUGCAGGGAGUUAUCAAUGAAACCCCACUUCCAAUUGACCUCUAUCAGUUUGAUGACAUUUCCGGCAAGGUAGAGCAGUUUGGCAAGUUUGGCGUCAUUUAUUACGACAUCAACCAGAUCAUCUCCACAGCUGUCAUGACCUAUACGAAGCACUUCGAUGUCCAUGGCCGCAUCAAGGAGAUCCAGUACGAGAUCUUUCGUUCCCUCAUGUACUGGAUAACAAUCCAGUAUGACAACAUAGGCCGUGUCACAAAAAGGGAAAUAAAGAUCGGUCCUUUUGCCAACACCACCAAAUAUGGCUAUGAGUAUGAUGUGGAUGGGCAGCUACAGACUGUUUAUUUGAAUGAGAAAAUGAUGUGGCGGUACAAUUAUGACCUGAAUGGCAAUCUACACCUGUUGAACCCUGGGAACAGUGCUCGACUCACACCCCUCCGUUAUGACCUACGGGACCGCAUCACACGACUGGGCGAUGUGCAGUAUCGCAUGGAUGAAGAUGGCUUUUUGCGCCAAAGGGGUGCGGAAAUCUUUGAAUACAACUCCAAGGGCCUCCUGGUUCGGGUGCAUAGUAAAGCCAGUGGCUGGACCAUCCAGUACCGUUAUGAUGGGCUUGGAAGACGCCUUGCCUCUCGCAAUAGUCUGGGCCAGCACCUUCAGUUUUUCUAUGCCGACCUCAACUACCCUACACGCAUCACCCACGUGUACAACCAUUCUAGCUCAGAGAUCACCUCACUGUACUAUGAUCUCCAAGGCCAUCUGUUUGCCAUGGAGAUCAGCAGUGGGGAAGAGUUUUACAUAGCUUGCGACAACACAGGAACACCACUUGCCGUUUUUAGCAGCAAUGGGCUGCUACUCAAGCAGGUACAAUAUACUGCUUAUGGAGAGAUCUACUUUGACUCCAACCCAGACUUCCAGUUGGUUAUUGGAUUCCAUGGUGGUUUGUAUGAUCCUUUAACAAGACUGCUGCACUUUGGAGAGAGAGAUUAUGACAUUCAAGCUGGCCGUUGGACCACCCCAGAUAUUAGCACCUGGACCAGGGUGGGCAAGGACCCAGCUCCCUUCAACUUGUAUAUGUUUCGCAAUAACAAUCCCAUCAGCAAGGUGCAUGAGGUCAAGGAGUAUGUCACAGAUGUCAACAUCUGGCUGGUGACAUUUGGCUUCCACCUGCACAACGUCAUCCCAGGGUUUCCCAUCCCUAAAUUCGACCUCACCCAGCCCUCAUUGGAAAUGAGAAAGAGUCAACUGUGGGAUGACCUACCGUCCAUAUCAGGGGUCCAGCAAGAGGUUAUGCGGCAGGCCAAGGCUUUCCUAUCCUUUGAAAGGAUGCCAGAGAUCCAGUUUAGCCGUCAACGCUCAAGUUGGGAAAAACCUUGGUUGUGGUUUGCCACAGUCAAGUCCCUCAUUGGUAAAGGUGUGAUGCUUGCCAUUACCAGUAAGGGCCAGGUAGCCACCAACGCACUGAACAUCGCAAAUGAAGACUGCAUUAAAGUGGCCACCGUGCUCAACAAUGCCUUCUAUCUGGAAGAUCUACACUUCACAGUGGAAGGCCGAGACACGCACUACUUCAUAAAAACCAGCCUGCCAGAGAGCGACCUAGGCACACUGCGACUUACCAGCGGCCACAAGAGUCUAGAGAAUGGUGUCAACGUAACAGUGUCGCAAUCCACAACUGUCGUCAAUGGGCGCACACGUCGCUUUGCAGAUGUAGAGUUGCAAUACGGUGCAUUGGCCCUGCAUGUGCGCUACGGCAUGACACUGGAUGAGGAGAAGGCACGGGUCCUGGAGCAGGCUCGCCAGAGAGCAUUGUCUAGUGCUUGGGCACGGGAGCAGCAGCGUGUACGUGAUGGGGAGGAAGGGGUGCGUCUUUGGACAGAGGGGGAGAAGAGGCAGUUGCUUAGCUCUGGAAAGGUGCUGGGUUAUGAUGGCUACUAUGUACUCUCAGUAGAGCAGUACCCUGAACUGGCCGACAGUGCCAAUAAUAUCCAGUUCCUGAGGCAGAGCGAGAUUGGGAAGAGGUAACAGUCUGCACAGCACAGGCUGCCCUAUGGACUACUGCCCCUCUGCUCCCCAAGUUCCUCUUCUCCUUGUUCACUGUACCAGACCUCCCAGCCCAGAGACUGAAGGGAAAGGAUUUAGGAUAGAGAAAUGAGGAGCUGUGCCUAAGUGCCACAAACACAGCAAUUAUACAGAAAAAAUGGAGGCACUUCCUCUUAUAGACUGUACCACACCCCCGUCCUACACAUUGGUCCACACUAUUGUGUUGAAUAGUGAAUGGACUCUCUUAAAAGAGAGCAACUCGAGGAAAAAAACUGUUCUGAUUUGUGUUUUUCUUCUUUUUCUGCUUUUUAUAUUAAAACCUUAAAGGUGACUUGGUCAGUGAUGAUAAAAUGGAUAAAAAAGACAAAUGUGUUUACAUGCGGAAACCACUGCACACAGAUUAACUAAUAUAAUGCCCUGUAAUAUAAAGGCAGUGACUGUAAUUCAGUGGUUCUUACUGUCUCGGGCAUACUCAUAAAUGGGUCCUUGCUCUCUGAAAUAUUUUGUCGACUAGUGAGGACUGUGAGCUAGUUGAUGGUUUCUCUCCUGCUUUGAUUUCUUAAGGGACACAGUUAUGGUUCAUAUAAUCAAAUCUGAGUACAAUCUCAUUCAUCAAGUGUUUAAUAGAGCGGAAACUGACAGAACAAAAAAAUAUAAAUAUAUAUCUAUCUCAUAACUGACCUGUCUUUUGAAAAAGAUGUUAAAAUAUCUUUAUGGAUUUUGUUUUUUUUUUUAAGUGAAAAAAAUUCCACCUAUCCGUACAACAACAUUAGGCGCAAAGAAAGUAAUUUAUGUACAGUGUUUAUACAUAAAAAUAAAAUCUUACAAAUAUUGAGA